UGUCCCUAAUUAAAACUAUAAAAUGUCAAAACAGUAAAUCUAAGCAUAACCUAAAACUUUAUGUAAUAAUUACGAAAAGGCAUUUAUAACAGCAUUCAUUUACAUAUUUAUUUAAUUUUCUACACUACGACUUAGCUAUGACUGUGUAUUUAUCAAGAAUUGCGUUUAACACGAUUCGGUGCGCAACACCGAAAUGUUUUUUUACGAAUACGAUAGUCGGUUUUGUAAGUCCAAAAACUCGUUUGUUUUUACCAAAAAAUGAUUUAUUUAGUGUUGCUGGGGUUGGAAUUGUGAGGAAUUAUUCUAAUGACGCGAUACAGCCGACGUUGCCGAUAGAAAAUGGCACAUUACCGAUUAAAAAGAAGAUAGUCCAUAAGAAGGCUAGUCCUGAAGAGUUUGCUCACAAAGAGGGUCAUUACCUCACUAUGGCCUAUGCUACAGCGAAUGCCUAUGAUUUAAAAAGUUUGAAAGAAGCCCUGGUCCAACAGAAGCUGUAUGAACCGGGAACAUUAAAAUCAAAUGAGUUAGGUGAUGUGGUGGUUGCUAAUGCAGUGUACAGUGUGGGCACUGAGCCCCGAGAGAUUAUAUUCUUCCGAGAAGGAGGCAUAGUGUUCUGGAACUGCACAGAACUAGAGGCGCGGAAUGUACUGGACUUUGUGAGGCCUUUUGAAAUAGACAGCUAUCCCAGGGAUGUGGUGGAAAAGGAAAGAGAGGUCAUGACUUAUGUUUAUCAUCCCAAUGUCCGAUCUAAGAAGUCUGGAUCUCAAACAGCUGUGAUUACUAAAGGGAGCAGGAAAAAGUGUCAUUUGCAAGAAUCAUCAUUUGUGUUGGUACCAAAGAGAGACAACUCAUUGGAGAAGUACACAUUCAGCCACGCGAUGGUGCAGUCUGCGCGGCUGGGCGCGUGGGAGUCCCGGCUGGAGGCGCUGGCCACCGCCGUCAGCUCGCACACCGCCGCCAUGCAGCACGAUGGAGCCGCGCAUCUCGAUAAGAAGGAGGUGGUUCGCAAACUAGGCGAACUAUUCUCCCUCCGGCACCGCUUGAACGUGGAGUCCGACCUCCUCGACACUCCCGACUUCUACUGGGAGGAGGAGCAACUCGAGCGACUCUACUCCUCCACCGUCGCGUACUUCACUAUCUCCAGGAGAACCAGGGUUCUAAACGAGCGUCUCUCCCACUGCGUGGAACUUCUAGAACUGCUGUCAUCGUGGGCAGCAGACAGGCACCACGUGCGCCUCGAAUGGAUGGUCAUCGCUCUCAUCCUCGCCGAGGUCUGCUUCGAGCUUCUUCAUCUCUUCGAAAGGUGGGUCGCCAGGAGCGAGGUCGCGGACAGCUAGAACAGGCCCAUUCCAGACCCACUUCCAACAGAAGUGGUUCUGGAAUCUGGAAUUUCCGAAGAAGUGCUUCUGGAAUCUGGAAUUUCCGAAGAAGUGCUUCUGGAAUCUGGAAUUUCCGACGAAGUGCUUCUGGAAUCUGGAAUUUCUGAUAAAGUAGCUCUGGAAUCCGGAAAUUAUGAUGUAGAAUUAAGUAAUUUAGAAUUAGGAAGUAGUGAUUUGUGUAGUGUUGGUCUGGAAUCAGCGAUUUUGGAAGGUAAAGCGUGGAAUGUUGUGAAAAAUGUUUAUUAUGGGGAUUGUAUUCAUAUGCAUAGUUAUUAUUCAGCAUUUUGAACAAGGUUUUUAACAUAUUUCUUUUUUAGUUAGUGUAAGUUUUAAAUUAAUCGAAAUUACGAAGCCAUUAUAAGUUUAGACCAAAGUUUUUAAUGACAAGGGAUUAAAUUGGACAUUUUUAGUUAUUUAUAUUGUUGUAAGUAAAUUAGGGGAUACUUACUUUAAAUUUUGUUAAAUAAACUAGCUGUUUAAAUUAUGGGUGGAAUUUUAAAUACAAUAAAAUUAUUAUUUAGUAAAUCUUUGUUAUUUGUGAUAACGAUAGAUAAAUCGCUACUUUUGACUGCUUAUAGAAGUACCUAGCAAUAGUGAGCUAAUAUAAUGUUUAAUUAGUUUGUAAGUAUGUACUUUCUAAUUAUCUAAUGUUAUAUAACCAAAAGUUUCAUGCCAUGCCCCAGAUAUUGUCUUUAAUUUAUUAAUUUUGUCAAAAAGAUAUUUGAAAAUGUACCUACUUGUAACUUGUGAUAGUUUUGGCAAUAAUAUCUACAUUAAUGGGAUAAAAAGUUACACUAUUGAUUAUUAUGUAGAAAAGAUUCGAGUUUAUAUUACAACGCCUGAUGAAAAAUGUCACGCAACUUUUAACUGUGUAGUGAUUUGCUAACAAAAUAUUAUCAGGCGUUUGUACAAGUUGCUCUUUCAAUCCCGAUUAAGAUAAAUCGACUAAGUAAAAAGUUGUGUUAUCGCAUAGUUUAACUAAUGUUAGGAAUGUAAGGUAUUUAUGUAUUGUAAUGUUAUUGUAUAAGUAGAUUUAUGCUUCAACUUGUUUUUGUAUCAAAUAUAAAUAUUAUGUUGAAUCUCUAGAGUGUACUAAUAUUGAUUUGGAACUUCAAAGUCCGUUAACUGGCUUAAAUAUGAAGCAAGUACAAAGAAGAGAUGCCAUAAUGUGAUUGUGCAUUUUGACAAAA